AUGACUGAGCUUGGCGUCUGGACCGUCCAAUUAAACAAGGACAGUGACCAGCGCCAGGGUCUGUGA